AUGGCGGUCUUUGUGCUGUUGCUUGGCCUCGGGUCUGUUCUUGUAGUGCCUUCAGAAGGCACAACAACGAGAAUCAGAGAAAAACUUUCACAGGAAGAGAUGCAACAUGCUGCAAAACAGACUGUUGAGCCAUCAAUGAACUCAACCCUGUCAGAUAAAAAUAUCAGCCUUGGUGUACCCAAGAAUGUGAUGUCUGCCUCACCCCCAACAUCCAGAAGGUUAUAUUUUGUCACCCCCAAGGGAAACCCUUUAAGUAAUGAACAAAACUGUCUAAACGGACCGAGAGUCUGGAGAAAAGUUUUAGACAUGAAUGAGUCAUGCCAGUUGGUCAAUAACUUUAUACAUGGGUCCACCGAUGUGAUUCAUGGAGUUCCCGAGGCCACCAGCUGGAAAUGGGGACAAUCACCUAGCCUAAGCUGCUGUGAGAGCCUACGACUGGAGCAUACCAUGUGCAAGGUCACUGCGGGCCAGCAGUGCCCCAGGUGCCAGAAGCACAGUGUCACCUCCCUGAAGAGAGCCUUGACAGUGCUGACAAGCCAUUCUCUGAUGAGUUGGUUAGUUAGUGGCUCUAAACUGUAA